UUUUUGUAUUUAAUGAAAUAGUUUAUGGGUCCCUAAACCCUAAUUUCUCCCCCAAUCUUAAGCCUCCGCUCUCUAGCAUCUUCAGAGAUUGAUCGGCGCGUUCAAUUUAGCGGUAAAAAAUGCAGCACGAUGAAGUCAUCUGGCAAGUUAUCAGGCACAAACACUGCAGUUUCAUGGCGAAAAUUGAAACUGGGAUUUUCUGCCGGAAUCCUUACAACGUGACAGGGAUAUGCAAUCGGAGCUCAUGCCCUCUUGCCAACAGUCGAUACGCUACUAUUCGGGAUCAUGACGGAGUGUUGUAUUUGUAUAUGAAGACAAUAGAGAGGGCACAUAUGCCGAAUAAAUUGUGGGAAAGAGUUAAAAUGCCGAGAAAUUAUGCAAAAGCCCUUGAGAUUAUUGACAAGCACAUGAUGUAUUGGCCGAAGUUGUUGGUACACAAAACAAAGCAGAGAUUAACUAAGAUGACACAGAUGCGGAUACGCAUGAGAAAACUAGCUUUGAAAACAAGAGAGAAAAUUAUGACAGUGCCAACAAAACAAAAGAAAAGGGAAGCUCGACGUGAGGAGAAGGCUGAGAAGGCAGCACUUUUGGAAAAAAGUAUUGAAAAGGAGUUGCUUGAGCGCCUAAAGAAAGGAGUCUAUAGUGAUAUCUAUAACUACCCUGUUGAUAAAUACAAUGAAAUCCUUGAUAAGGAAGAAGUUGGAAAAGCUACUGUUAGUGAAGAUGAAGAGGAGGAGGAACCAGUUAUAGAAUAUGUUGAGGGAUAUGAGGAACUAGAAGAGGAGGAUGAUAUGGAAGAUUUUGGUGGUCUUGCUAUCAGAGAAGAUUAUGAUAAUGAUAAUUUGAAUGAUGACGAUGCCGAUAAUGACGACGAUGAUGACAAUGAAGAAAAAAGUGCAUCUGUUGCUUAUAAGAGAGAGAGGAAGAGUUCUGCAAGAAAGCUGGCGAAAGAAGAACAAGCGGCCAAAUCUAAGAAGAAAAUCAAAGUCCAAGUUGAGGUUGAGCACGAAGACGCAGUUGAAAGGCAAAGAGCUGUGUAUUGAGGUCUUCCUCCCUUUCAUGUUCAUGUACGAAAUCAGAUUACCAAUUCGAGGAAGUUCACUGAAGCUUUAUGGUAUUAGCUUUGGGCCACACCCCAUAUUGGAAUAGGAGACUGCUCAAGAUCACCGUUACCGUGAUGUAGUAUUCCUCUCCAAGUGUGCUAAAUCCCAUGAUCUUUGACCCCUUUCGAUGGGAUCGAUUGUGGACUUCACCAGUUUUGCUGCUGCUGUUGCUUCCCUCCCCAGAAUUUUGUGAUUUAUAUUGGUCAUUACCAAAUUUUGGAAUGUUCUAAAGGAUAUUCUCUGACUUGUACUGAUCAUUAUUUUAUUGAAUGUGGUCUUUUUUAUGCA